AUGAUUCAGAGAAACGAAUGCGAGUGACGCCCUGUGAAGAAGCUGGGUGCUACUCACAUACCAUCAACUACAAUCAAACAUCACUAGAUCAGCUGAAGGUUUUGAUUGAGGCCUCGGAGUCCUGUGAGCAGUAUGUCAGUGUGGAAUGUCGACACAUUCGCUUCCUUAAGCAGCGCUGGGGCUGGUGGGUAUCUCGUGAUGGACGGCAAAUAAACUCCUGGGGUGGAGCUCCCACUGACAGCGGCAAAUGCUCUUGUGGGGAGAAUGGUAACUGUGCUCUGGCUCUUUCGACAUGCAAUUGUGAUGCAAAUGAUGGCGUAUGGCGACAGGAUGAAGGGUUUUUAAGAGACAAGUCCACUCUCCCAGUGCGAGAAGUAAGGUUUGGAGACACACAAGAUGUACCUGCAGAGAUGGCCUUCCACAGGAUUGGUGCACUUCACUGCUCUGGACAUGGACCAAAAGUGCCAGUACUGGAAUCAUGUGCAGCACUGAAGGAAGCUGGAUUUCAGGAGUCCAAGGAAUACUACAUCGACCCAGAUGGAACCAGACAAGGAGUUCUGGAGUUUGCAGUGUUCUGUGAUAUGACUUCUGACCCAUUUACUGCUAUAACUGUUGUAAGUCACAACAGUGAAACCCGCCUGCGAGUGGCCCCCUGUGAGGAACCUGGCUGCUAUAGCCGAGAACUAAGUUACCAAGCAGACCUGAUCCAGCUCAAUGCUCUCACACGCGUUUCUGAAUCCUGUGAGCAACAUGUAAAGCUGGACUGUCGCCACAUUCGCUUUAUCCAGUCAGGCUGGGGCUGGUGGGUUUCCUGGGAUGGAAGAAAGAUGUCUUACUGGGGCGAUGCAAAUCCAGACAGUGGAAGCUGUGCUUGUGGAAUGUCAGGAUCUUGUUCUGACCCAGGGAAACUCUGUAACUGUGACAGCAAUGAUCACAUAUGGAGAACAGAUGAAGGACACCUGAGGGAUAAAUCCACAUUGCCUGUCCGAUCUGUACAUUUUGGAGAUACAAAGGGUGCACCACUAGAGAUGGCAUUUCACACCAUAGGAAAACUGAUGUGCAAAGGAAUAGCUCUGCAGAGAAAACAUCUAAAUCUUGCAAAAUGAACAUGGUUUAAUAUCUUAAAGCGAAGA